AUGGCUGAAGUAAACGAUUCAACAAUCAAUGCGCUUGUAGCAGCUGCAGUAGCUGCUAAACCAACUCCUGUGAAACCAGCAGCAAAGAAAGCUGAUUCGUCAUCUAGUGAUUCAGAUUCAGAAGAUGAGGCUCCCAAGAAAGCUGCAGUAGCUGCUAAACCAACCCUUGUGAAACCAGCAGCAAAGAAAGCUGAUUCGUCAUCUAGUGAUUCAGAUUCAGAAGAUGAGGCUCCCAAGAAAGCUGCAGUAGCUGUUAAACCAACUCCUGUGAAACCAGCAGCAAAGAAAGCUGAUUCUUCAUCUAGUGAUUCAAAUUCAGAAGAUGAAGCUCCCAAAAAAGCUGCGGUUGCUAAACCUACUCAUGUGAAACCAGCAACAAAGAAAGCUGAUUCUUCAUCAAGUGAUUCAGAUUCAGAGAAUGAAGCUCCUAAAAACACUGCUGUAUCUGUUAAACCCACAGUUGUCAAAACAGCAGAAAAGAAAGUUGAGUCUUCGUCAUCUAGUGAUUCAGAUUCUGACGAAGAAGCUCCUUCCAAACCUGUCGCUGUAGCUAAAACUCCAAUUAACAAACCUAGUAAUAAACGUAAAGCAGAAAGCUCCAGUGAUGAUUCCUCUUCUGAUGAAGAAUCCUCUAAACCUCCUUCUAAAAAAUUCGCAACAUCUACGCCAGCGCCAACAAAAUCCUCGAAACCUGAUUCUUCAGAUUCUUCUUCUUCAUCGGACGAAGAGGCUGAAAAACCCAAGCUUAGUAAAAGCCUCCCUGCCAAGCCAACCCAGGAGAAUUCCGACAGCGGAAUAGAAGAAGAUAAGAAGAAAGCUCUCACCAAUUCGGAACGGAAACCCAAUGCACCAUUCCGUCGUGUUAAAGUUGAAGAAAUUGUAGUUGAUGAGAAAUUUUCUGAUAAUCGAUUUGAAUCCAAGGCAGGCUUUGAUACGUGGGGUGCUAAAGCAAGCCAGGACUUAAUUGUAACAAGAGGAAAAUCUUUUCGUCAUGAGAAAACCAAGAAGAAAAGAGGAUCCUAUAGGGGUGGACCUAUAAAUACUGGAGUUGCAAGCAUCAAGUUUGACAGUGAUUAGAAGACAAUUUAAACAAGCUAAGAUAAGAUGUGUUCAUGAGAAAUUAUAUAUAGAAUAAAUUUUUUUGGUUGUA